UCACCACUUCCAUCAACUCCUCCCACCCAUCUUUCUCCUCUCUCUAACUACCAUAUGCAGUGGUCUAGUAUGUAGUGAGAGAGAAAAAAAGAAAAAGAAAAGGAAAUGGAGGGAGUGUCAGUCACCAUGUACAGAGAACUGAAGGGUUACUGGAGGAAGAGAGGCUACGAGCGGCUCAACGGUACCGGUCGUCGGCGAAAAACCCGGGUGGAGCUGGCAAGAGCCGGCGGCGGUUCGAACCGGAGGUGCAGGCGGUUCUGGAAAAUCAAAAUCAGUCCGAAACUCCGUUUCUCACCCAAGAAAUUCCUCAUCGGGCUUCGCGACGCCUACGUCAGCUUCAUGCUCCGGAUUGGCAAUUCCCGGGUCAUCAGCAGCGGGUUCGGUGGACUCGUGGACGAUUCCAUGGGCGGGUUCGGAAGGAGACCGGUUAAGGAGUACGAUGAGAAGAUGAUCGUUGAGAUAUACAAGUCAUUGUUGGUGGCGCAGGGUCAAUUGGUGCACCGCGAUGCACCUAAAAUUGGCUCUCAUCAGAUCGUUUGUCGACAGUAAGAAAUGUGAGAAAGUAUGUUAUUAUUACUGCACACAAUUUAAUAACUCAAAUCAAUAAAUUGUUUUGCUUUCACUUUUCUAUUUUAUCUUCUUAAUAAUUAGGAGUUUAA